AUGGAUUUAGGAGAGGUUAAUCACCAAAGGAUAAAAACAAAUGGUAUAUGGUUGCAUGUAGUAGAGAAAGGGUCAGGACCUCUUGUGCUUCUGCUUCAUGGGUUCCCAGAAUUCUGGUAUUCAUGGCGUCACCAGAUCGCUUUCUUGGCCAGCCGUGGAUACCAUGUAGUUGCUCCUGACUUGAGAGGCCACGGUGACUCUGACUCUCCUCUCAGCCCCAACACCUACACCGUCUUGCAUUUUGCUGGUGAUCUAAUAGGCCUUCUUGACCAUUUUGGCGAACAACAGGCUUUUGUGAUUGGACAUGACGUGGGCGCUGUUAUUGGUUGGCAUCUAAGCCUGUUCAGGCCUGAUAGAAUCAAGGGACUAAUAGCCAUAUCUGUCCCAUACUUUCCAAGAGAUCCUGAUGCUAAAGUUAUUGAAUUUUUUAGAGGGAAAUUUGGAGAUGGGUUUUACAUUUCUCAAUUCCAGGAACCAGGAAGAGCGGAGAGGGCUUUUGCAAGAUAUGAUUACUUGACAGUAAUGAAGAAGUUUUUGCUGAUAAACAAGAGUGAUCCAUUGAUAGCUCCUUCGGGCAUGGAGAUCAUCGAUUACUUGCAAACACCAGCAGUGUUGCCUCCAUGGAUUACUGAAGAGGAACUGCAGGUCUAUGCAGACAAGUUUGAAGAAUCUGGCUUCACUGGUUCUCUCAACUACUACCGCGCUAUGGACCUGAACUGGGAGCUUUCUGCACCAUGGCAAGGAGCAAAGAUUACUGUUCCUACAAAGUGCAUACUUGGUGACACAGACAUUGGUUUUGACGCUUAUGGUACCAGGGACUAUGUGCAAGGAGACAUCUUCAAGAGUUUUGUGCCUGACCUUGAAGUUGUUAUUUUGGACGGCCACCAUUUUAUCCAACAAGAGAGAGCUCAUGAAGUCUCUCAAGAGAUUCUUACCUUCCUUCAAAAGCUUUCUUUUGACAAUCUCUGCAAAUUGGUUCUGUCUUAUUGUCUUUCUAUAAUACAACCAUUUUUCAUUUCUCCUUGUGACGAAACUUCUUCGACAGUUGAAUCAAGUUCCCCUGUCAAUUCUCAAACCUACAUUCUUGGUCCUUCUCUUUUUCGUGGUUAUGGCCAAAAAGUUGUCUUACAACGAGCCAAGACUCUCUUACGGCAGCUAGUUCCAGAUGAGAAGGCUUUGAAACUUUAUCGCCCUCUUGUUGCUCGUGACCCUCAUCAGGAGUAUGUAUUGACCUUGAAAAAUGUCCAAGAUGCUAACAUACCUUCUGGAGAUUUUACUCAAGGAGGCAAAGCGUUUUCAGACCAUCUUCUUGUUCCAUUGGCUAUCAGGACGAAGAAGAAGAGAUCGUUGGCUCUUAUCCUUGUCACUCUUGUGAGUGGAGAGACUGCUCGCGAGGACUCUACAAUGAUUAAUUCUAGAGGAAUGAGUGGGGACCUAUAUGUUGAUUACAUUCCAGUUGAGACUGCAGAGAUUGAUCAUGAAGUCCUAGAAGACGAUCCUGGCGUAGAUGUUCUAAGUAGGGUCGAGAUUACAACUACUGCAGAGUCAGACUCUGAUAAUUACGGAUAA